AUGCUGGGCCUCCCCGCCCUCCCAAAGAAGCUCCCUUCCCGAAACUGGAUGAUCUUCUGGACCCUUUCCACCGCCAUAACUGCCGGCAUCAUCUACGACAAACGCGAGAAGAAACGAGCCAUCGCGAAAUGGAGACACGCCGUCGAGCACCUCGCCAAGGAGCCCUUGCCUAGCCACAAUGCCCUCUCCGAGCUCCGCAAGAUCACCAUCUAUCUCUCCGCUCCCCCCGGUGACGGCCUCCGCACCGCCCAAGACCACUACACCGAGUACGUCAAGCCCAUCCUCGCCGCCUCCGGCCUCGACUGGGAGUUUGUCCAAGGCCGACGAGACGGCGACGUCCGCGCCUACACUGCCGAGAAGAUCCGCCGCCACCGCAAGCAAGUCGACUCCGGCGAGGUUGAGCCCGAGCUCCCUGACGAGCCCACAAAGGAGGAAAUCAUCGCUGCUCACCGCAAGAUCCGCGGGAUUAAAGACUACGACGGUAUCAAGGGCGACAUCGUCAUUGGUAGGCACACAUGGAAGGAAUACCUCAGAGGAUUACACGAAGGCUGGCUCGGCCCCUUAACCGCCCCUCCACUCCCCAUCCCAGAACCACUCCCCACAGCCGAAUCCGACAGCGAGAAGUCAGAAGAGGAGAAGAAGAAGGAAGAGGAGGAAAAGAAGAAAGAGGAGGAAUCCAAACCCAAGCGACCGCCUCAACCCCGUCCCUACAACACACCAGCCGAUUACCCCUCCUCCCCCCUCCCAUCUUCCAUUCCCAAUGAAUUCUCCCCCGUCGCUCCGGUGAGGGAACCUCACCUGUUAGGCUUCCUCUCCACGCCAACCCGUCUGUACCGUUUCUUCAACCGCCGGCACCUCGCCGAUGAAAUCGGCCGUGAUGUCGCCGCAGUCUGCCUGGCUCACUACCGCCAUUUCUCUGAACAAUCGGGAGAGGAUCAGAAAUACGAGCAAGAAGAGGUGUUGGCCUUUGAGGAGAAGGACUGGAUCAAAUCUCUCUGGAAAGAGGCUGGGGAUGAACCUGAGAAUGUCAAGGAGCGGGAAAAGGCUGGUAUCACAGAGGUUGUCAGGGCCAGGCCGCUUGUUCUGGACCCUAGAAUCGCCGAGCGGAUGAGGAGGUUCGAGUUGUCAAAGGAGGAUGUGGAGAGGGUGGCCAAGAUUGCGGUACCUGAGGAGGAGAUUGAGGGUUGGACAAAGGGGAAGUUUAGGCAGUUGUAUCGAUGGGGAAAGGGGAAGGUUAUGGGAGAGGAAAAGAGGAGUAAUGUUGAGGAUGUGGACUAA